AAUACUGCUCAGGAGUCUGAGAUAUAAAACCCACCAGAAACACUCAGACUGUGUACUCUGAUCAAACAACAUGAAAGUGGCUCUUGUCCUGCUGUUCGCUGCCUACGCUCACGGGUGCGGCACACCCACCUACGAGCCGUCUGUGAGCCGCGUUGUGAACGGCGAGGAUGCUCGACCCUACAGCUGGCCCUGGCAGAUCUCUCUGCAGUAUCUGAGCUUCUCCACCUACCGUCACACCUGUGGAGGAACUCUGCUCGCCCCCAACUGGGUUAUGACUGCCGGCCACUGCAUCGGACCCCGUACUUAUCGUGUGGUGCUGGGCGAGUUCGACCUCACCAGGGAGGAGAGCUACGAGCAGAUCAGGAGUGUGGAGAAGAUCGUGGUUCACCCCAAAUGGGAUGAUAACUGCCUGUCCUGUGGUAAUGACAUCGCGAUGAUCAAACUGUCCUCGCCUGCCGUUCUGAACGACAAGGUGCAGCCGUCCUGUGUGCCAGAGAGCGGAGAGGUCGCUCCUCACAACGACCCCUGCUACAUCACCGGCUGGGGAAGACUCUACAAUGGGGGUCCCAUCGCCUCUAAGCUCCAGCAGGCUAUCCUCCCUGUGGUGGGUCACAGCGUCUGCAGCAGCGGCGGCUGGUGGGGGAGCUCCGUGAAACCCACCAUGAUCUGUGCUGGUGGAGACAUCCGCUCAGGCUGCCACGGGGAUUCAGGAGGCCCUCUGAACUGCAGGGGGGGUGACGGCAGGUGGUACGUGCAGGGGGUGACCAGCUUCGUCUCCUCCAUGGGAUGCAACACCCUGCAGAGGCCCACUGUGUUCACUCGCACCUCCUCCUUCACCCAGUGGAUCAGUGACACUUUGCUGCAGUACUGAAGACAUAUUUAAUGCCAAUAAAGUCAUCCAAUCAGCUGCAGGUGGUUUCAA